AGUAAGUAAAAUCUACAGAUAUAAGCCGAUUUCGAUUUGAUCCAUUGUUCCAUUUGAGUGAAUGAAUUGAUUUUAUAAUCAAAAUACGAAAUGCGAAAUUGGCGUGGAAAAAGUUAUCGCAUUUAUUCGUCAAUAAUUGUUGUCGUUGCUGUUAUCGUAGUUGUAACUUCUCUUUGUGUUGUCUUAUUGGUUGAGAAAACUUCAACAGAAAAUAAAAGUGGUUUGAAUUCUGCCUGGCGAUGGGAAUGCGAGAAGAACUCAUGUCAGAAAAAAAGAGUUACACCUGAAACAGAAGAAUCCGCUCUUAGUGUGAGUGCGUGUCGACUGUUCUGCUCCGAUUCUGCAGCCCUAUGGCCGAAACCAACAGGAGAUGUGACCAUCGGCAAUCAGUUGGCCAAGAUAAAUAUCAAUAGUAUAGAUGUAGUGACCAAUUCAGAUACUCCUGCCGCUAAUUUGAUACGUUCUGCAGCGAAAAUAUUCAAAGAAGAUGUUCAGGCGUUAGUUGAAGGAACUGUGAAACCUGGAGGAAAAUCUGUGAUAAUUAACGUGGAUAUUAAGAAUGGAAAUGUAUCUCGGUUGACUCUAGAUACUGACGAAAGUUACAUCCUUGGAAUCAGCGAAACAUCUGAUGGAAGAAUCAGUGUUCUCAUCACUGCUUCUAAUUUCUUUGGAGCUCGGCAUGGACUGCAGACACUUAGUCAGCUGAUAAUUUUCGACGAUCUGAGAAGUGAAUUACAGAUUCCAAGAAAUGUCGCCAUCACCGAUGCACCAGCAUAUCCUUAUCGAGGGAUCCUUCUCGACACCUCUCGCAACUACAUCAACGUCGAAACAAUCAAGAGAACCAUUAAAGCGAUGGGUGCAUCAAAACUAAACACAUUCCACUGGCACAUCACAGAUUCCCACAGCUUCCCAUACGAUUCCAAGUCACAACCCAACCUCACCAAACUGGGUGCCUACUCUCCUAGCAAGGUGUACAGGAACAGCGACAUCAAGGAAAUCAUCGAUUAUGCCACCGUCAGAGGCGUUAGGGUUAUGCCGGAAUUCGAUGUUCCUGCCCAUGUGGGCGAAGGUUGGCAAGAUACCGAUUUCUUGACGUGCUUCAACUGGCAGCCAUGGCAGACGUAUUGCGUAGAGCCACCGUGUGGGCAGUUUGACCCAACCAAGGAUAAAUUAUAUGACGCUAUUGAAGAUAUUUACGGGGACAUGUUCGAGCAAUUCCAACCCGACAUCUUCCAUAUGGGCGGCGACGAAGUUAGCUUCAAUUGCUGGAACAACACAGAAAACAUCAAGGAAUGGAUGAAGGCCAAAGGCUGGGGACUUCAGGAAAAGGAUUUCAUCAAACUGUGGAACCAUUUCCAGACCAACGCUCUCGAACGACUUCUGAAGAGAGCAGGACGGAAGAUACCGAUUGUGAUGUGGACGAGCCAUCUCACUCAUGAGGAAUAUGUCAUCGACUCGCUUCCCAAGGAUCAGUAUUUCAUUCAAGUUUGGACUUUGGGAAAUGAUACACAGAUAGCUAAUCUUCUUGAAAAUGGCUACAAGCUGAUUUUGAGCAACUAUGACGCUCUCUAUUUGGAUUGUGGAUUUGCCGCAUGGGUUUCAGAAGGAAAUAAUUGGUGUUCACCUUAUAUAGGAUGGCAAAAAGUCUACGAAAAUAAACCCAUCAAAAUUGCAGGCAGCAAAAAAGACCAAAUCCUAGGCGGAGAAGCUACUCUGUGGACGGAACAAGCUGAUUCGACCUCGAUCGACAGUCGGCUGUGGCCGAGAGCUGCUGCGAUGGCCGAGGUCUUCUGGUCUGAGCCAGCCACUGGAUGGGAAUCUGCCGAACAAAGAUUCAUGGUGCACAGAGAGAGGCUUGUCAAUAUCGGCAUCGAUGCAGAUGCCAUCGAGCCCGAAUGGUGCAGGCAGAACGAGGAACAAUGUAGGAUUGGCGCUAGCUUCAACAGACUGACUUAAAAUUCCGUGUGGGUACAUGUUUGAGAUGAUUAAUUCAAAACGUUUGUUAGCCCGAUAGAAAGAUUCUGGAAGUUGCGAUUGCCACCGAUUGGAUGAAAAACGCUUUAGUCAAAAUAUUUGCAAAGGCCUAUGACUCAACACAGGAAGUGGGCUACAACUCCGUUAUUACAAUCUGAAUGGACUAGAAUGUUUCUUGCUCAAAACAACUAACAGACAACUAUUCAAACUGAAGUCUGGAGUUUUGUUGGGAAACAUUCAAACUAAAAACUUCCGAUAUAAGUACACUGGCGUUGAUUUACUCAUGAAAACUUCUUGGGUACCUUUAUCUUUCUCAACAAUAAUAAAUUCAGAACAUACCCUAAUAUUCGAAACUAUUACAGCAGACAAAAAAUCCUUCCCAGAUUUGGAUACCUCAUCAUACACCAGCUUCAAAAUGUCUCUUCCAUACGCAUUUUGAAUGGGUUAUAAUAGGAAGUAGAAGAAGUUUUUGAAUAUCACAGAGAGUUAUAUUGGAUUCACCGAAAUUCCACAAUUGGAUUUUGAGUGAAAGACAAAUCUCAGAGUGACUAUUAACAUUUGGAAUUACGAAGUUAAGCCUACUUUCAGUAGAUAUAUGUGGAAGUUAUAUACGGAUAGAAAUAGUUUUUUCAAAAUAUUUCAACUGGAGAGGUUCCCAUCAUCCAUUCGGUUAUAUCCACAGCUUUAAAAAAAAAAUACCUACUCAAUCUUCCAAUUCGGCUAACGAACGGUCCUUAUCAUUCAAACUAUCAAAUUUUCUAUAGGAUAAUUCAAAAUAUUUGUGGUUACAUUAUCCACGAAAUCACUCGAACAAAUUCCCAAUUUUCUUCAUUCGAAUGCGACUCGUAAUCAAAAAAAUUAAGGACCAGGCUAUAGGUAUUACAAUAUAAUUAUGUCAAAAAUGCAACUAUAGUAUUCAAUCUACAAAACAUUUCAUGGAUAUUGAGUAUUUCAUUAUUCGAAGAAAAUGAUCCGUCAUUUGUGACUAUUGCAUUUUACGUAGGAAUAAGAAAACUUAUUGUUUGUUGUCUAAAAGACAUAUUCUUAUCAUAAUUACCAUUCUCAUCACAAUAACAAAAUAUAUAUCAUUGUUCCAUUGUUGACAUACAUUUUAGAUCAAUAUAAUUUGUGUACUAUUGAUGUAAUCGAAUAUUUUGUAUAUCGAAAUGAUAUUAUACUGUUAAUUCAACUGAAAUAUAAUGAUGAG